GAUUUUUAACAAAUUUUUUUUAUUUUAUUAUCAUACGUACUAAUGACUCUUAGGUGACUGUUUAGGUGUAUUUCGAAAAGAAUUUUUCUUUCGGAUAUCAUUACCAAAAUGUGUCACGCAGUUAAUGACAAUUCUCACCACGUGUACCUAAUACCAUCAUUAAUAAUAUUUCUAAUAAAAGAUUUUACUGUAAACUCGUGUAUUAUUACUGUUAGAUUAUUUUUCUAAUUAUAUAAAUUUUUUAUAUUGUAUCGUCCAACAGAGUUACCCGAAAUAUAUUUUUACACUAUAGAAACACACACUGUACCUAUAUAACAAGAAGGAAUUGAAGUUUCAAUGUUGUUCGUAGUAUAUUAAAAUCGAUAACCGAUCGAGCCACGAUAAAACACUUAAUUUUUAAUUAUAUCCCCAUUUUGAUCAACGAUGGAAAAAAGUCAGCAGACACGCUAUAUUUUUGUCAUAGAUUAAUGAGAGUUUUGUAUAUACAUUUUUUUAUUUUUUUUUUUUUUCAUUAGCAUCGUCCGCAAGAUAUUUAAAACAAUCAAUGCGGUUCGUAACGCGAAUAAGUUCUUUUGUUCUUCCAAUUGUCGAUUCAUGUCUUAUCGCAGUGUAUUCUAUUAUUUAAAUCAAUAAUAUCAAUAGAUCGUUGACCUCUUGCACAGUUUUCGGCAUGGAAAGGUGGAGAGAAUCCCAGUGGUUGUGCGAUCAAGCGAUUUCCGUGAAUUGAGGCGAAAAAAGAAAAACCAAGAAAUCGGUUGUUAUCCUUAACGACUAUGAGAGUUGAGUGACUUUUGGUGAUUAGUUGCCGUAAAGCACGCAAAAUCCAACACUAUGGGGAUUGGUACUCAGCUUGGACAUUCUUCGGCAUUGUUGUUGCUGUUGACGACAUUGACGUCCGCCCUUUACUUUCCACAAUCGGAUCUGACAUUGAGGAUACCUUAUCUGACUCGCGACGGAGUCCCACCUAAGCUGAACCUCAGUCUUGUCAACCUGAGAACAUUGCGCGAAAAUUCGAGAGCUCCAACGUCGGUGACCUAUCACAUAGAACCAGCAGGGGAAAAGUUUGCAAGUAUCGAUGCCAAAAGUGGAAUUGUCGUACUGCACACAUUACCGAAAUCAGACGCACCGAGUGCAAUUAUCGUUCAGGCGAAGGAGCAAGGAAAUGGCGAAGCUGUUCUUGAAAUUAACCUACAUCCCGUGCCGACGAAUGGACAGAAGAUCAAUUGCAGUGCCUACGUGCAGGACAUGUGUUUCUGGAACGUAUCGAAAUACAGAAUAUACGAGAAUCAGCCUAUUACGUUACUGGGCAGGUUACGCCCCACGGUUUACAAUAGUAUCUGCUCGCACUACAACAUAAGUGUGCACGAACUGUUGAACGGUACGGAAUACUUUCAUACGAUAGAUGAUGUUAUCUACUCGAAUGCCUCACUCGACCGGGACAGUCAGCAUCUACCAGGAGGUCCUGGACCACGUGCGGACGUUAAGGUCCGUUGCGUAGCGUGGGACGGAGAGACUGGGAUUCAAUACGUUGUGGAGAGGAAGCUGAGCAUCGAUAUUCUGGACCAGGAUGACAAUCCACCGAUGAUCCAGACGGAAAAUAACGUUGAGAUUCGUCUCGGAGAUUUCACGGCUGGUGACAGACUCGACAAUUAUGAACUUAUGGUGACGGAUGCUGAUGCCAUAACGAGUAAUCAGUAUACCGUUGAAUUAUUGGAGGAUGUUCAUAACGCCUUGAAUAUCACUUACAACAUACUUCAGGUUGACAAUCCAAAGGAACCGGAAGCUCCAGACUCGUCGGUCAUUUUAACAAGAAUAUACGCCAGGACCACUCUGCUACCUAAAUCACCGUACAAGGUCAUUCUACAGUUGAGGGACGAAACUCUUUUGCCCGGCUACGGAGAGAAAUCGGUAAACAUAAGUCUCUCAUUCGUUGGACCGCAGCAUCACAGGACUACGUCGACGACGGCUGUACCAUUAAGAAAACCCAUAUACUUCCCAUCCAACGUCAAGAUCGCCCGUGUCUCGUCUCUGUACUCUCGAGUGGCUCAGCCAAACAGUAAACCACAUUCGGGGAUAUCGUUUGCUUUGCGCGGAUCGGAUGCCUUCAAUAUCACUAGAGAAGGUGGGAUUGUUUAUGUUGCUAAUACGACGAUGCUGCGAGAAUCUAAUUCUAGUGUGACAUUAAAAAUUCAAUGGAGCUUACGAAACGUUGCUGUAUCCUCUACAAACCUAUUGGUGACACUUGUCGAUGUGACACGGCUGAGCAAUGAUUCUUGUAAUUCGAAUAAAUCGAUCAAUCGAUCGUGCGCUAACGCGGAAUCCAGGCGCGAGUGCGAGAGUAGCUGCGGAUUGGCAAGUGGGACUUUCAGAAAAGACAAAUAUGCCAGCGAGUGUGUUUGGAGAGUAAACAGUGCCAACAACCCACCUGCGAUGUCUGAACGAUAUGAGACGUGCUCACCAGACCUGACCUAUUGUCCGGAUCACGAGUGCGAUCAUCUGGAACGGUUGGAUUUUCGUAUCUGCCCUCAGGAUUGCAUAAUCGAAUCGGAAGUUCAUUUCGGUGAAACGAACAGAGAUGGACGCGGCAUACGAAGCGGUCUGGGGAUAUGUUCGUGCGACGAUAUGAUACGGUGCACCUGCGCCCCGGAAUCGGUAAGAAAAAGAACCGGCGGAGGCGGCGGUGGCAACGGCGUCGGUAAAGAAGGACAUACAAAAUUGAGGAAGGAUCGCGAGAAGUAUAAUUUAUUGCCAGGACCACACAAGGUAACCAGCAGCCCCUGCGGUCCCACUUGUAUGAUCGGCGUAAUAGCUGGUAGUUUUUUCGUUCUGAUUGUCAUCGUCAGCACGUUCGUAACGUGGAGAUACAGAAUGGUGGCAAAGGUGAUGCGUCGUGAAUGCAAACACAGAACGGAGGGUGGAACAAACGGCUUGGGAAUUCUACCCUCGGAUUACGUGGAUCGUGGAGAUGGACUUCUGAUUGGUCCCGAUUCUCUCACGGCGGUCAAUCGUACCCUGCUUCUACCAAAAUCGUGUCCGCCUGAUCCUAAGUGGGAAUUUCCAAGAUCAAGGUUAACGAUAGAGCAGGUCCUGGGCGAGGGUGAAUUUGGACGUGUUUUAAGAGCCAAGGCAAUAAACAUUGGCGACUGGUCUGGACCUACUACGGUCGCUGUCAAAACACUUAAGGAAGGUGCCUGCGCCUCGGAACUUUCUGAUCUCUUGUCGGAGUAUCAACUGUUGAAGGAGGCCCAGCAUCCCAAUGUCAUACGACUUUUGGGCGCGUGCACGUCGCCCGGUGGACCAAUUUAUCUUAUUAUUGAAUUCGCUGAAUUUGGAUCGUUAAGAAAUUAUUUGAGACGCAGUCGCCAUCUGGAGUCGGAAGGCAGAACACCGUGCUCGACGUCAUUGCUCUCUGCGUCGCCUUGCAACAUACGCGAAGAAAUUCAAGCCAUCGAAAUUUCGGCAAAUUAUGGAAUAACACCACGUGACAUCCUCUCGUUUGCCUGGCAAAUAAGCAAAGGGAUGGCCUAUCUUGCAGACAUAAAGUUGGUACACCGAGAUCUAGCGGCAAGGAACGUUCUUCUGGCAACUGGAAAAGUUUGCAAGAUUUCCGAUUUUGGAUUAACGCGUGACGUCUACGAGGACGACGCCUACCUUAAGAGGAGCAAGGGACGAGUGCCGGUAAAGUGGAUGGCGCCUGAAUCCCUUGCGGAUCACGUCUACACUAGCAAGUCAGACGUUUGGAGCUUUGGGGUACUUCUAUGGGAAUUAGUAACAUUAGGAGCAUCGCCGUAUCCCGGAGUGGACGUUCACAAUUUGUACAACUUGCUAAAGGCUGGUUACAGGAUGGAGAAGCCGGCCAAUUGUUCCUACCAACUGUAUAAACUGAUGAUCUCAUGCUGGCACGAGGAACCAGGAAUGAGACCAUCUUUCAAGGAACUCACCUGCCACUGGGAAAGGAUGCUGGAGGAUGGCGUUGAGUAUCUUGACCUUAAUCCUAGAACCGUUCACAAUCAGGCGUAUUUUGCAUCUCUGCAUGCACUUGACAGUCCUACAAAUUCAGGAAGUGACGACACGAGUUAUGGGAAUAUUAAUAUCCUGAAAACGGAUGCUGUCAACUACCUGAGAAAACCUUCGGCCGAACCUGUCAGAAAGUGUGAUAAUAUUGACAAACUUCACGCACUUUGGCAACAGCCAAUAGCGUCCUUCCCAGAAGAACCACUGAAGCCGCCAUACGUUAAUGAGCAGCCAGCUAAUUCAAAUGUUAAUCAUUAUGAAAGUCCUAUCAAACUGAGAAAUCCCAGUGUGACCAGCGACAAUGAAAAUAAUUUGAAGACACCGCCCAACGAGAGGCCACAGUCUUACAUUGACAUGGAGGGUAACAAGAAGCCAAAGGAACAAGAUUUAUUGUUGUUCAAUAACAUUGACAAAAAAAUAGAAAAUGACGUAAUGUCUAAUGGAGCUGCUAUGUAAAUUAUAAGAUGCAAAAAGAGGGGAAAAACGCAGUAUCGCUAACAGAGAAUCCUAGUCAAUGACAUAUGAAGAAUAUAAUGUGAUGUUCAGUGUGAACUAACUUUUAAGUCUCGCGGAUGACGUUCACUUUGAAAUUUUCUUCUCAAUUACAUGAAAAUUUGUUUCUUCGCCGAUAUUUGGACGAUAUUGAAACGUAUUCUUGCUUUGGAAGAAAAUAUAGUCGCAACGGAAUAAGUGUGAACGGCGUAUUUGCAACGACGCUAUCGAUGUGUGAUAAGUGUACUGCAAUGAACUUAUUAUAACCGAAAUAGAUUUUUUAUGACCAAAGAACGCGGAUAGUUGCUAUUUACUGUCUUGCGCGAAUACCAAAAAAAGGAACAGGAAAAUUGUUAGUCGUAUAAAAUAAGAAAAUACCUUAUUCAUAUUUUUAUGUAUAAAAUAUCGUUAUGUACUUAAGUAGUCAGAUUAGCAUGAUAAAAACAACGUACUUGUCAGUCGUAUACAGUGUAACGUUUAAGAAUGUUUAAGAAUUAUGCAUUAGUUACGUGUACAAUUUUACUAAGAACAAACUCAUUUUAAUUGUUACUAUUUUCCGAAUAAGUUCCAUUGACACAUUGUGUGUGACCUGACGUCCCGGCGUUUGGCGAAUUUUGAAUUUUUUGGUAUGAUCUACGGUGAAACUUGCAUUAUAUUCUAUUCGGCUUUCUUCCCACUUAUCGAUGCAUCUACGUUUUUUUUUGUCUCAACGAGAGAUCCUAAUUUAUUUUUCCUAUUGAACAAGGUUUAGUUUGCGAAAUUCGUAAUUACGAAUGUUUAAGUGAAGCUAAUGAAAAAAAAAAAAAAAAAAAAAAAAA